AUGUUAAAGAAUUUAGAUUGUAAUACAGCUAAGUGGAUUGUACUUCAAGAAGAAGGUGUAUUAAUAAAAUUAAACUUACCUGAGAAUGAAGCGGAAGCAACAACAACAACAUCAGCAGUUCGAAAGAUAGCAGGAUUUAAAAAGAAUCAGACAAAGUACUCAUCACCUAAGAGCAUGCCUACGCAGCUUAAAGGCGAUAUAGAAGAAGCUAAACAAAAAGAAAGAAAUAAACUCUAUAAUGAACAUCAUCAAGGAGAUAAUGAUGAUGAAGACGAUGAUAAUGAUGAAGAAAACGAAGAUAACGAUGAAAAUAAUGAUAAUGAUCAUGACAACGAAAAAGAAGAAAACAAAAAAAAUAAAAAAAAUACGAGAGAUCAUCACUCUCCGUCUUCUCAAGCUGAAACUCUCGAACUCGCUUCACCAAGUGGAGGGAGAAGACAUGUGCGUAUAGCUUCUCUUUCUUUCUUAGAGUCUUCAGCGCAUGCAAAUGCAGAAGAAGAGAAAGAAGAAGAAUAA